UACGCCGUCCUCGGCGUCGACCCCGACGCGAGUGCCGAGGAGGUUCGCGCCGCGUACGUCUCGCUGGCGAAGGAGGCGCACCCCGACGGCGGAGGGAGCGAGGAGCGCUUCCAGGUGCUGAGCCGGGCGUACGCGCUGCUCGCGGACGCCGAGGCGCGGGAGCGGUACGACUCGCUCGGCGUCGGC